UAAACCAAAUUUUAGCCAAGCCAACAUGAACACGAAAAUGUUCUCUUCUUCCUCUUCAAUGUCUAUAGCAAGACCCCAUUUGGUAUGAAUUAUGACCAUGGCUUUAAGUUCACUUUUUUUCUCCACUCGUUUCAUUCCCACACCCUUUGUUACUUCCACUAGAAACAUACCUUCUUCUCCACGCACUUGUGCCAGUUGCAUUCCCCACAAAAGAGACUUUCCACUCCCUGCAGUGGCUUCAGUCCCUUACCAACCCAUCAACUUUGACUACCUGCAAGAGGAAUUCAGUGGACAUGGAGUCACCUUUGAAGGAGUUGAAGACAGUUGUAUUGCCAAGAUGGAGCUGAAAAAUGGAAGCAUUGUGACCAUGAUGCUGCCAAGUGGAUUGAUCACCUCAUACAAGGCCCCUAUGUGGCAUGGUGGCAAGUUGGAGUUGCUUCAUACCAAUGUGUCAGAGGGAGAGUAUGGUGAUGCCAUCAUUCAAGGAGGGGUGUCUCUAAACUUCAAUUUUCAAACUGAUGAUGGUGAAUUUUCUUGGUCUCCAACUAAUUGGGUUCUGCAUAAGAUUCAAGGCAAUGCUAAUGAAUCUAUUCAGGUAGAAUUAACAAACAGAACAUCAGAUGACAAGAUUGGAUUAAAAUACAUUGUGACUUUGGAAAAAGAUGCCUUAAACUCGGAGGUUGAAAUCUCGAACAAAAAGUCUUUACCCGUUCAGAUGACAGGGUCCAUCCUAAGUCAUCUCACAGUAAGCUCACCAGAAGCAACUUAUGCACUAGGAUUAGAAAGAUCAAAUUACUGUAGCAAGCCCUUGUUUGAAUCUGAAUUUAUGUUGAGUCCUCCAGAUGGCCAGGAAGAAGGCUUUGGAAAAAUAGUUGAGCAACUUUUUCCUCAAUGGGGUACAAAAGAUCAGAAUAAUGGAUCAGAAGGUAGCCAGAGUGAAGAAAUGGAUGAAGAAAUAGACAACUACAAGCAGUUAAGUGAGAAACUAAGUCACGUGUACACAGAUGUGCCUCGAAAUUUUACAGUGAUUGACAGGGGUAGAAGAAAUUCAGUGUCAGUUGGAAGAACUGGAUUUGAUGAAAUGUACCUCUUCAGUCCUGGCUCAAGGGUUGAAAUUUACAGCAAGUAUUCUUACAUAUGUGUUGGCCAAGCUGCCAUCCUCAAACCAAUAAUACUAAGUCCUGAAGAUGUAUGGAGAGGUGGGCAGUAUAUACACAAUCCAAAUCUUGAUGCGUAAGCUUGCCUUUGCGAUUGUCUUAGGCAAAUUAAUAGAAUAGAAAAAGGCACAAUGUGUAAAAUUUAGGUGUCCUUUUGAAACUUUAUUUUUGGUGAUUUGGAUAAAAGAUAAGAGCAUAGCAACAGCAAGUUGAUGAAAAUAAAAAAAGGACAACAUUUAUAUAUUAUUUUCUGUUAACAGUUUGACAAAUGUACCAAAUAUUCAAGUAGUAAAGACUCAAAAGUUCGAGUGUCGAUUUCCACAGA